GACUGCUAUUGGGGGCAAUAAUACAGCUUACGAUGUAACAUACCUUGCGGAAAGCGGUUGUGUGACGCCAGAGGAAGAGUGGCAUGAUAGCUACUUUGGUGUCAAACUGGCUGUGCCAGAAUGGGAAGCAAUACUCACAGCUAUCGUACUGUCCGUAAUAAUAGUACUCACAAUCAUUGGCAACAUCUUGGUCAUACUCAGCGUUUUCACAUACAAACCUCUGCGCAUCGUACAGAAUUUCUUCAUCGUGUCGUUGGCUGUGGCCGAUUUAACAGUGGCAUUGUUGGUGCUACCUUUCAACGUGGCCUACUCCAUACUGGGUCGCUGGGAAUUCGGUAUUUAUUUGUGUAAGAUGUGGCUAACGUGCGACGUCAUGUGUUGCACAUCUUCAAUAUUGAAUUUGUGUGCAAUUGCCCUGGAUCGGUAUUGGGCCAUUACAGACCCCAUCAAUUAUGCUCAAAAGCGGACAGUGGGCAGAGUAUUGCUAUUAAUUGCUGGCGUCUGGAUAUUAUCGUUGCUCAUCAGCUCGCCACCUCUGGUCGGUUGGAAUGAUUGGCCGGAAGAGUUUACCAGCUCCACACCUUGUGAGCUCAAUUCAGAUCCUGGUUAUGUAAUUUAUUCCUCACUAGGAUCCUUUUUCAUUCCAUUAAUUAUUAUGACAUUGGUUUACAUAGAAAUCUUUGUUGCUACUAGGCGGCGGCUUCGGGAUCGGGCACAGGCGGCCAAAAUGAAUACAAUGGCCACUCGCUCUGUCAGCGCCGAUGUAGCCAGUACCACUGUGGCAUCAAACCAAACCGGAGCUGGCACAAUAUCAUCACUAUGCUAUAGUGUGAUUUGUUGCUGUCGCAAUUCUACUCCGUUCUCUACAACGCCGAUGAUACAAAACGAUCAAGAGUCGGAGAGCAGUGAAACAAACGCCCACAACGAAAGUACAAGAGUCCAAAAUCAAACAGAAGCCAGCUCAGCGGUGGCUUCACAGCGAAAAAAGACACGACGAGCCAAAAUCAAAGACUCCAUUAAACAUGGAAAAUUAAAAGCGCGCAAAGGCCAUCCAGCCAAUGAUCUGGACGCACAAAAGUCCAAGGAGACAGGCAGCGGCGCUGAGCGCCUACUAUUAACACCGAAUACCAAGGGAACUGACAAUGACCACCAAGAGAUAUCUACCGAGAGCGUCAGUGACGCCAAAGGCUGCAUGCAAGUGUGUGGCAGUCGAAAUGAUGUCAAUGAAAUAUCUACCGGCGAUGGUGAUGAAGAAAAUGCCUCUUUGAAAAUUACGCCGCCCCAGUCAUCAGUUGGUGCCACGUCGUUGCAAGGUGUGCCCUUGCAAAAGAAACCCGGAGGGGUAUAUCAAUUCAUUGAGGAAAAACAAAAGAUCUCAUUGUCCAAGGAACGGCGUGCUGCCAGAACUCUCGGCAUUAUAAUGGGCGUUUUCGUCAUAUGCUGGCUACCGUUUUUCUUAAUGUACGUCAUUUUGCCAUUCUGUUCGACAUGUUGUCCCACGGCUAAAUUUAAGAACUUCAUAACAUGGUUAGGUUACAUCAAUUCCGUGUUGAAUCCCAUAAUCUAUACAAUUUUCAAUUUGGACUAUAGACGAGCGUUCAAAAGACUAUUAGGUAUGAACUAG